GCGAGACGUGCCCACCUGGGCAGGUGGUGGCAUUAGGCUCGUGGGUCCCGGCAAUCCAUCUUGGUCAGAUCCGAAUCUGUCCCACAUCGUAAGACUAGGCGUGGAUUACACUGGGUCCCAGCAAAACAUACUGUAGCCAUGCAGAGUUGACGUUGUUUGAAACGGAGCGCUUGGCGUCUCUGUUUCUAUGUACAGCGCUAUCUUCAUCCAUUGGAAGGCCUGGGCACCUUGUAUCGACCCAGUGCUGCUGGACACAAUGAAGUCCAGGAUGCCUUACAGGAGACAAAGCAUUUGCAAGAAGCCAUCCUCGGUGCGGGUUACUACAUCUAAUCCUAAAGUCAGACAAGGUCUCAAAUUCGACCACGUUAGGUGACUACCUGUGGAAGACUCAAUUGACCAUGAAGACCGUACUCAUCGUGGGCGGCCACGGCAAGGUGGCCCUGGAGAUCACCAAGAUCCUCGUAGCGGAGAAGGAGCCCACAGCAUACACCGUCUACAGCCUCAUCCGCAACCCGGACCAGUCAGGCGAGCUGCAGAAGCUCGGGACGCAGCCCAUCGUCCAGGACGUCGAGAAGGCCACCGUGCCCGAGCUCCUGGGGACCCUGAGCCGCGUGAAGCCCGACGUGGUCGUCUGGGCCGCCGGCGCGGGCUACGGCUCCCCGCCCGACCGCAUCGACGCCGUGGACCACAGGGCCGCCGUCAAGAUCUUCGACGCCCUGGGCAUCUCGUCGCAGGCCGGCGACGCGGGAAAGAGGCUCGUGAGCAUCAGCGCGCUGGACCUGCGGGACCGGGAGAACAGGCCCGUGCCGGACUGGUACAAUGAUGAUGACAGGAAGCAGAGCGAUGGCGUGUGGAAAGGUAUCGCGGACUUUAUGAAGGCCAAGUUUGAGGCUGACAAGGAGCUGAGGACGGGCAAUGACAAGAGGGGGCUGCACUACACCAUGGUGAGGCCGGGAGGGCUGAGCAAUGACCCUGGGGAUGGGUUUGUGAGCGCUGGGAAGGUGCAUCUGGGAAGGAUGAUCAAGAGGCAGGACGUCGCCAGGGUUGUUGUUGAGGUCAUCAAGAAUGAUGAGACCGUUGGGCUUGCAUUUGACGUUGUUGGGGGAGAGGACAUCAUUGCCGAGGCUGUGAAGGAGGUUGGGAAGGAGAAGAUCGAUACCUUCGAGGGCUUCUACUAGAGACUACAGCGGUGUGACUGAACUCGUAUGAAUUGUUUGAAAGUUACGAGAAGCUAAUUUUACAUUCUUCAGUGUCCA